ACGGACUUUACAAAUCUAGAAUAAUGACUUGACCAUCGCUUCUACACAACCACAAAGAUGGCGGUAGAGGACAGAGAAGGAGCUAGGAAUAACGCCCUGGACGAGAGGACGCCGUUAUUGCGCAAUGAGUCGAAGCAGGCGGACCUCGACGACCGGGGAGAAUGGAGCAAGUCCGUGGUAUAUCGAAUACUUCUCUGCGCGUUAAUGGUCAGCCUCAGCUUUGGAGUUACGCAAGUUCCGUUAAUCUACGUUUUCCGGGUAAUGACCUGCCAAGCAUAUUAUGACACGCACACACCACCAUCUCUGGCCACCUCCAAAGAUCGUUGUUCGAUGCCGGCGAUCGAGGCUAGUACUGCAAAAUCUGUGGCUCUCCUGGGUGCGAGCACCACUCUUUUCGGCUUAAUCAACCUCUUCAUCACGGGCUGGCUCAUCAAGCGCAUUGGCGUAAAGUCAACGCUGCUCAUUCAAGUUUUCUGGCCUGCCGUCCGGCUUCUGAUCCAAAACAUCGGCGUCAUGUCCGGUGGAAGUAUCGGUAUCAUCAUCGUACAAUGCAGUCAGAUAAUCACAAUCAUAGGGGGUCCAAAUGGCUAUUUGCUUGCUUUAAACAGUUUCAUUACCGAGGUCGUCAAACCUGAGCAACGCACGCCUUCGCUUGGAAGAUUGCAAGGAGCAAUGUUCUUUGGAACGAGUAUUGGAUAUCUCAUCGGUGGUGAAAUCAGCGAACGUUUUGGUAUCAUCUGGCCAUUCCGAGUUACAUUAUGCUUGUUUUGCCUGUCUACACUUUAUGUGGCAAUUGGACUGCCUUGGAUUCGCGGACAGGAAGAAGUUGAAGCUCGCGCAAAAAUCAAGGGCAUUCGACGUUUUUUUGGGCCUCUGAAAGUGUUUGCGCCUCAGCGGUUGGUUCUGUUGGACGGCCGCACAAAAAGAGAUUUUGGGCCAAUUCUUCUUGCUUUUGGAGUAUAUCUAGGUAUAUUGGCGACAGGGUAUAUUCCUACCCUGCUGCAAAUGUACAGUACAGAUAUCUACGGUUUUGGGACGAGAGAGAACGGCUUUCUAAUUUCUCUAAACUCGAUGCUGCGCGGUGUAUUUCUCACUUUCCUAUUUCCUCGAAUUAUCGCAUUCGGGAGAAGAAAAGUUUCACAAAAUAAAGACUUGAAGACGGCAGAAAAUGGUAAUCGGUCUGAUCUAGCUAUGCCGUUCGAUCCGGAAGAACCCUCAGAGGUCGAAAUAACGGAUACCAUGGAUAAUGAACAAGAACCGCUGCAGCCUCCGAACCCACCAUCUAAGCAAGAGACAUAUGAGUUUGACUUAAUUUAUGCUCGGUACAGCUUGUUGCUCGAUGGCAUACUUACUGGGGCUGCCACAUUCAUACAAAAAGGCUGGCAAAUUUACCUUGUUGCAAUUAUUUUGCCUUUCGCGUCAGGAACUGGUGCAGCGUCCAAAGGCACGAUCUUGCAAAUGAGUCCCCCAAGUGAGCGAACAGACGCGUUGGGUGCGAUCACCUUGGUAGAAAAUAUUGCACGACUGACAACUACAAGCAUAUUUGGUCUUGUCUUCGCUGCAUUUGCAAGCAUUGAGAAGACUUAUUUGGUGUUUACAAUCAAUGCUGCCGUUGCGCUGGUUGGGUUCUUGGUCUUAUGCUUUGCUCAAUUUCCGCCGGACGGUAGUCAGAGGCAGGAUAGAUUAGACAGUGAGAAUGAAUGAUUGCGCAUUCAUCACAUUAACGUGACUUUCAGCUAGCUCGGACUUCGACAGCCUCGGAAGGAUAACUUUGCAACGACCUUGGUCGAUGAAGCUUCCUUCAAUGGCCAACUUAGAUAGCGGGAAUCAAAAGCACUAAUUGAU